AUGAUCGAAAAGGAGGAUCAGCUCAAGAUGUUCGCAAAGGAACCCAAGGAAGACCAGCUCAAGAUACUUGACUUGGAAGGUCAGGUGCAGGGAUGGGCUCACACUUAUUCGGGCAUUCAAGUCCAACACCACAACUUGCACGCGGAGAACAUCUCCAAUUACAACAUUACUUGUGUGCCAAAGGUUUGGCUCCUCCUCUCUGGGCUCUAUCGUUCCUUGAAAUAUGUUCGCCCCAGCAUGCUGAACAUGCUUCAGCGUUCAGCCGGCGACUGCUGGUUUGUGACUCUGCUGGUCUCCUCUUAUGAUGGCAUAGAUCUUGCGAUUCUUCAGGAUGACUACCAGUUUUUCCAGGGACGCUUUAGUUUUGUCUCAGUGAUUCGCUCUGGCAUUGCGAAACCCAAAGGAUAUGCCUACGCUGUCCACUGGCAUGGCUGCUGGUGGAUCGCGCAACAGAUUCGAGAAGCGUUGAAAGGGAAAGCAGCCAUGGACCCAAGUAGCACCAUCGUACUUCGCCAUCGGCCCGACGAGUGCUUUCGUCACUGCUUCGACGUGGAGGCUGCGGCCGCCGCCUUCACGCGGUGGCGGUACUUGAUUUUGGGGCAGCCUAUCUCUGCCGACAACGGCCUCACCACCAACUGGGCCACCUACAGCAACCUCAUUGCACCUGGCCUUGCAGCGAAUCGAAGCAGCAACUUGUUUCUCAGCGCCAUGUCGGCCAGCUGGUCCAAGAGCGAAUACUGCAACGGGAUGUUGGAUCCCGGGGAGUGUGACCAUGGAAUCCCAUAUUGCCUCAUGAACAAGAACACUGCGCCCUGCCGACCUCCGGUUCUGCUGAGUUGGCAGCAGCAUUGCCUGUGCCGCUUGCAAGGGAAAGGGUCCAGCGAAACCUCGCUCUGUAUUGAUCGAAAGCCACCAGAUUUGCCGCUUGACGCCUGCAUGGACAUCACCAAGGGCACCAAAUGCAUCCUGCCCAGGAGCGGUUGGCAAAAGCUGCCUCAGCAGCUCUUACCACCUGCGUGGCAGCUGAAAGGUGGCCUCAAGGAUUCGGGGAAUGUGGCCUACAUGCGGCCCACGUCGAAGAAGGGUUACCAGACUUGCAAGGCAGGGCGAGAUCUGUGA